AUGCCAGCUGAAUGUGUGAAGGUUAUUGUUAGAGUUAGACCAUUUAAUUAGAGAGAAAAAGAUAAUGGUAGUAAGACUUGUGUAAAUGUUCAUGAAAGUACAAAUUGUGUAGAACUCUUUAGAGUAUUCAAACAAAUUUUAUUGUAUUAAUAGAGUUCAGAUAACGAUCAAAAAUAAUAUACUUAUGAUUAUGUAUUUGGUUCAGAGACACCUUAAAUAUAAAUAUAUUAGUAGACUGCAUUUAAUUUGAUUGAAUCUGUGGCAGAAGGGUACAACGGAACAAUUUUUGCGUAUGGUUAAACAGGUAUAUAAUAUGAAUAAUGAAUAAGGUUGCGGUAAGACUUUUACAAUGAUUGGAGACCCAUAAAAUGUAUUAUGAAUCAAAUUAAUCUUAGGAAAGCAUGAAAGGGAUAAUUCCUAGAAGUUUUGAAUAAAUAAUUAGUAUAAUCAAUAACAAUAGUGAUUAAAAUAAGAAAUUCUUAUUAAGAUGUUCAUAUAUUGAGAUAUACAAUGAAGAGAUUCAUGAUUUAUUGAGUAAGGAUGUUAAAUAAAGAUAUGAAUUGAAAGAAGGAUAAUAAGGUGUUUAUGUAAAAGAUUUGAACAUUCCGAUAGUGAAAACAAUAUAAGAAAUGGAUAAAUAUAUGGUUUUGGGGGCAUAGAAUAGGUCAGUUGGAGCAACAGCUAUGAAUAAAGAGUCAAGUAGGAGUCAUUGUAUUUUUACAGUAUAUAUUGAAUGUUCAUUGAGUGAUGAGAAAGGGAAUGAACGAAUAACAGCUGGGAAAUUGAAUUUAGUAGAUUUGGCAGGAAGUGAAAGAUAAUCAAAGACUUAAGCUACAGGAGAUAGAUUAAAAGAAGCAACCAAAAUUAAUUUAUCAUUAUCUGCUUUAGGAAAUGUAAUAUCAGCUUUAGUUGAUGGAAAGACUUAACAUAUUCCAUACAGAGAUUCCAAAUUAACAAGAUUAUUAUAGGAUUCUUUAGGUGGUAAUACAAAGACAAUAAUGAUAACUGCAAUAUCUCCAUCAGAUUUUAAUUAUGAAGAGACUUUAUCAAGUUUAAGAUAUGCAUCUAGAGCGAAAAUGAUUAAAAAUUAACCUAAAGUUAAUGAAGAUCCGAAAGAUGCUCUUUUAAAAGAAUAAGCAGAAGAAAUUAAAAAACUGAGGGAAUUAUUAUUAAGAUAAAAAGGAGAUCAUCAUUAAAUUGAUAAUAUUAAAUUUAAUAAUUAUGAGGAUAACGAUAAUCAUAAUGAAUAAAUUAAUNGCCAGCUGAAUGUGUGAAGGUUAUUGUUAGAGUUAGACCAUUUAAUUAGAGAGAAAAAGAUAAUGGUAGUAAGACUUGUGUAAAUGUUCAUGAAAGUACAAAUUGUGUAGAACUCUUUAGAGUAUUCAAACAAAUUUUAUUGUAUUAAUAGAGUUCAGAUAACGAUCAAAAAUAAUAUACUUAUGAUUAUGUAUUUGGUUCAGAGACACCUUAAAUAUAAAUAUAUUAGUAGACUGCAUUUAAUUUGAUUGAAUCUGUGGCAGAAGGGUACAACGGAACAAUUUUUGCGUAUGGUUAAACAGGUAUAUAAUAUGAAUAAUGAAUAAGGUUGCGGUAAGACUUUUACAAUGAUUGGAGACCCAUAAAAUGUAUUAUGAAUCAAAUUAAUCUUAGGAAAGCAUGAAAGGGAUAAUUCCUAGAAGUUUUGAAUAAAUAAUUAGUAUAAUCAAUAACAAUAGUGAUUAAAAUAAGAAAUUCUUAUUAAGAUGUUCAUAUAUUGAGAUAUACAAUGAAGAGAUUCAUGAUUUAUUGAGUAAGGAUGUUAAAUAAAGAUAUGAAUUGAAAGAAGGAUAAUAAGGUGUUUAUGUAAAAGAUUUGAACAUUCCGAUAGUGAAAACAAUAUAAGAAAUGGAUAAAUAUAUGGUUUUGGGGGCAUAGAAUAGGUCAGUUGGAGCAACAGCUAUGAAUAAAGAGUCAAGUAGGAGUCAUUGUAUUUUUACAGUAUAUAUUGAAUGUUCAUUGAGUGAUGAGAAAGGGAAUGAACGAAUAACAGCUGGGAAAUUGAAUUUAGUAGAUUUGGCAGGAAGUGAAAGAUAAUCAAAGACUUAAGCUACAGGAGAUAGAUUAAAAGAAGCAACCAAAAUUAAUUUAUCAUUAUCUGCUUUAGGAAAUGUAAUAUCAGCUUUAGUUGAUGGAAAGACUUAACAUAUUCCAUACAGAGAUUCCAAAUUAACAAGAUUAUUAUAGGAUUCUUUAGGUGGUAAUACAAAGACAAUAAUGAUAACUGCAAUAUCUCCAUCAGAUUUUAAUUAUGAAGAGACUUUAUCAAGUUUAAGAUAUGCAUCUAGAGCGAAAAUGAUUAAAAAUUAACCUAAAGUUAAUGAAGAUCCGAAAGAUGCUCUUUUAAAAGAAUAAGCAGAAGAAAUUAAAAAACUGAGGGAAUUAUUAUUAAGAUAAAAAGGAGAUCAUCAUUAAAUUGAUAAUAUUAAAUUUAAUAAUUAUGAGGAUAACGAUAAUCAUAAUGAAUAAAUUAAUUAAUUUAAAGAGAUCAAUAAUUAAUUAAUUUAGGAGAAAUAAAGAUAUGAAACUGAGAUGAAAUAAAAAAGUGAAUAAGCUGAAUAAGAAAAAUAAGCAAGAUAGAGAUUGGAAGAAUUAUUGAAGGAAAAAGAAUAAAUGAUGAUUAAAGGAGGAAAAGGAACUGAAGAUGAUAAAAAAAAAUAUAAGAAAAUGUAAUAAGCUAUAGAAUUAUAAAAAAAAGAACAUGAAUAACUUAAGUUUUUGUAGGAAUAAAAAGAAAAAGAAAUGCUUGAAAUUGAAAAUAAAUAUAAUAGUGUACAAGAUGAAGUUGAAAAAUUAAGAAAAUAAGUUAAUUAUUUUAAAAGCAAAUUUGAGUAAUAAAAACAAGAGUUAAAUGAGAUGAAAUAAGAUUUUGAAUAUGAUAAGGAAGAUUUUUUAGAUACAAUUAGAUCUUAAUCAAAAGAAAUUAAAUUAUAUUCUGGAGUUUUGAGAAUGAUUUUAUUAUAAGAAGAUAUUGAUAAAAUCACUAAUUGUUGUGAAUGGAAUGAUGAUUUAGAAGAAUACAAAAUACCUCCAUUCAAUAUCAAAGCUAAAAAAGUAAACUUUCCAAAUUUACCUUAUUAAAAAGCAAUGGAUUUAAUUGAUGUAGAAAAAUAAGAAAGAUAAAUAGAAAUCAACUAAAAAUAAGUUGAAAUUAAUCAAAGAUAAUUGCCAUCUAGUUAUAGAGAUGUAGAAAAUACCAGAAAUUAUUCACCUUAUAAACAAAGAAAAGGUAUUAAAUAUUUUAUAAUCAGGUGAAUCAUAACCUAAAAUGAAUGGAAAUAAUGAUAAUAAAGGAAUGAGUAUUGUAGAAAAAACUAAAUUAAAUUAAUAGCUUUUAGAAUUAUAUGAAGGAAGGAAUAAUUAACAUUAAAAAGAUGAAUUAUAAUAAUAAUAAUUACAAAAAAGAGUGAAUUAAAAAAUUAUUUUAAAUCCAAUUGAUAAUAGAGGUAACACAGUCCCAAAUUUUAAUAAUUAAUUUGAAGUAAUAGCUGUUAAUAAUAAUUAAAAUACAUCUCUAAUAGCUCCUCCCUUAGUUAAAAAAAGUAUAAUAUAUGUAUAUAUAUAGUAGUUUCAAAUUUAAAUCCAUUAGAAUAAAAACCUCCAACAGGAAGAUAGAUAUAAGUGCAAAAAAUGUAAUAAUAAUACUGA